AUGUUCCUUUGUGGUCCAACCUUCUUCGUCUUGUCAUGGCUUGGAAGCUUCAAGCUCAUUCUUUACGCUUUUGGUCAAGACCCUUUGUCUUCACAUCCACCCCUACCUUUAUCUCAGUUCAUGUCUACAGCUUGCCUACCCAUCAAGAUCAUCAAUAACCAAGUUUACCCAUCUCAAGAUUUCACAAAAAAACCCCAUAGAUCCCCCAAAGGUUAUGCUCUUAGGGUUCUUCUCUUAUUGGUUGCAGUUAAGGCUUAUGGAUAUAGAGAAAAUCUUCAUCCUUUAUUGGCGACAUCAAUUUACGCCUAUUAUAUCUUUUUCUCGCUUGAGUUACUUCUAGCUGUGGCAGCAUUUUUUGCUCGAAUCCUAGUUGGUGCUGAACUUGAACCACAAUUUGAUCAGCCUCACCAUGCUACAUCUGUCCAAGACUUUUGGGGUAAAAGAUGGAACCUCAUGGUUUCUAGCAUAUUACGCCCUACAGUCUACUUUCCAGCUCGCCAGAUCUUUCGUCAUCUUCUUCCUGCAGGAUGGUUAGCGAUUCCUGCUGUUUUCUCAACAUUUUUAGUGUCUGGGAUCAUGCACGAGAUGAUAUUUUACUACCUUGGUCGAUUAACCCCAACAUGGGAAGUUACAUGGUUCUUUGUAAUUCAAGGCGUUUGGGUUGGAACUGAGAUAGUGCUCAAGAAACAAAUAGGUCAGCAGUUUGAGCCACCUAUCAUUGUAUCCAAAAUAUUGACAUUGGCGUUUGUGAUGAUUACAAGCUUUUGGCUGUUCUUUCCGCCGUUCAUGAGGUUAAAUCCAUUUGGAAGAGGAUGUAGAGAGGUAUUGGCUUUUGGAGGUUUUUUCAAGCAUGGCCAACUAAUUAGCCCUGAGGAGUAUUCAUGUCCGUAUUUUUAG